AUUGGGCCUAAUGGGCCGCGACUGGCUGACCGUCAACCUGUUACAUUGUAUGGGGGCACAGGCCACAGUGCCCAAGCCCCGGUCGGCGAGGUAUUAGGUCCCUGUCGGCGGCCCAUGCGGGUGCCCAACCCUCGGUUCCCACCGUAGACACAGACAGAGGGAGAGAGAGAAAGGCAAUUCGAUUGAGAGAGGGAGAGAGAAGUGCAAUUCGAUUUUGAGAGGGACAGAGAAGGGCAAUUUGAUUGUCUUAGCUCAUCUUCGAUUGAUUUUUUUGCGGAAGGAGAGGAAAGAAUGGCUACUCUCCGCAAUUACUUUCUUGUAACCCCUGCUUUCAGAACUACAUUGAGGUCCGCCUUCAUCCAUCCAGUAAGCUACCACCACCAGCACCCCAACUUGUCAUCCAUUAUCCGCCUUCUCUCAAACAGAGGCAGCAGAAGCACCAGAGAAGGCCGCCACUCAACGACGAGGGUGAGAUGCUUGUUCACGGGCAUCGUAGAAGAGAUGGGGAGGGUGGAGGAGUUGGGCCCUUCCUCUGCCGGCGGCUUCGACAUGAGGAUAUCCGCCCAGGUGGUUGUCGACGACGUCAAGCUCGGCGACAGCAUUGCCGUCAACGGCACUUGCCUUACCGUCACGUCCUUCUCUCUGAACGAUUUCACAGUCGGCCUCGCCCCGGAGACUCUGCGCAAGACGUCCUUAGCUGAACUCUCCUCCGGCUCGGCCGUCAACCUAGAGCGUGCCGUCCUGCCCUCUACCAGGAUGGGCGGCCACUUUGUCCAGGGCCACGUCGAUGGCACCGGUGAAAUCGUUGCCAAAGAGGUGGAAGGAGACUCCUUGUGGGUGAAGGUGAGGACGGGGCCGGAUCUCCUAAAGUAUAUCGUCCCCAAAGGGUUCAUCGCCGUCGAUGGAACUAGCUUGACGGUUGUGAAGGUUUUCGAUGACGAGGAAUGCUUCAAUUUUAUGCUGGUCGCCUACACGCAGCAGAAGGUGGUGAUUCCAUUGAAGAAGGUGGGGCAGAAGGUGAAUUUGGAGGUCGAUAUUCUCGGCAAGUAUGUCGAGCGCCUCGUCAGUGUUGGUGGGUUCAGACAUUUGUCUUAAUCAAGGUUCUACAGGCAAAAGUCAGGGGGGUGAUCUGCACUUUUCUGUGAAGCAGAGAUAAUGGAAACAGGCAUGACGAAAGAUAACAGCUUGGAGUGCUGAACAUGCACCAUUUCCAGUUGUUGUAAACUAAACUUCUGAAAUUAUCUUUAAAUAACUAGGUUCUGUGCUCCUUUGGAAACUAAACGUGUUCAUUAAAUAAAUUUUUGUCACAA